GUUUGGGGCCCGGGGCCUUCCGUCCUGAAGCGCGAGCCGGGGGCGGGGCCGGGACGCCGUUGUCGGCGGCGGGAGGAAGAGGGAGGAGACGGGAAGCCUGACAGCGGCCGCCUCCGCCAGGCGCCGGCCGCCUCCUCCCCCGAGACUGCCGCCAACUCGGCUGUCGAGUUCUCGGGCCCGCGGCGGGCAGCGGGGACGCGGCCCUGGCGCCGGGCGCCGCCGGCGUGCCGGGCUCAGCGCGGGAGGAGGGAAGCCAGACGCCGGGGACGUCCCGCGCCCCGCCUUACCCUCCCCCUCCCGAACCCUGGGCCCCGGGGCGCGCGGGGGAGCCCAGCGGGGCGGCCCGCCGCGCCGGAGCCGGCCUGACGAGCGCCGGGUGAAGGCAUGACUUCCCGGCACCGCAGGGAAAACGGGGUGCAAGCCCAGAAACUGUUUCCCCACCACCACUUGUUGAAAAUCUGAGUGCGAGGCGCCUCGGGAUUUGAAGCUGCGGCGGGGGGUGGAAAAAAAAAAAAAGUGGCCGCGAGUCCGCGCGCCUCCCGCUCGGCCCUGGAGAUCCUGCGCUGAAGGAGCGAGACGGAAAAAGCUGGAAACGCAGCCGAGCCUUGUUUAAAAUCAGAAUGGAAAGAUUUGUAGUGACCGCACCACCUGCUCGAAACCGUUCUAAGACUGCUUUGUAUGUGACUCCUCUGGAUCGAGUCACUGAGUUUGGAGGUGAGCUGCAUGAAGAUGGAGGAAAACUCUUCUGCACUUCUUGCAAUGUGGUUCUGAAUCAUGUUCGCAAGUCUGCCAUUAGUGACCAUCUCAAGUCAAAGACUCAUACCAAGAGAAAGGCAGAGUUUGAGGAGCAGAAUGUAAGGAAGAAGCAGAGGCCCUUAACAGCAUCUCUUCAGUGCAACAGUACUGCGCAAACAGAGAAGGUCGGUGUUAUCCAGGACUUUGUGAAAAUGUGCCUGGAAGCCAACAUCCCACUUGAGAAAGCUGAUCAUCCAGCAGUCCGCGCUUUCCUAUCUCGCCAUGUGAAGAAUGGAGGAUCCAUACCCAAGUCAGACCAGCUGAGGAGAGCAUAUCUGCCUGAUGGAUAUGAGAAUGAAAAUCAACUCCUCAACUCACAAGAUUGUUGACAAGGAAGUUACCACCAUUGUGAUCAAGAUAAAUAAUGUGGAGUAUUAAAGUUAUGUGUUGAUUGUGUGGUUCAUUUUUAUAUUUAUUUCAUUUAAAAUCAUGUGAUGCAGAAUAGUUUUGCAAUGUGUAUAUAGUUGCAGGCAAAAACAAAACCUCACUGCAAAACUUAAUUUUGUCACCAAUGGUGUUAAACAAAAUUUAGGGAUUAGAGUGUGUUUCAUACCUGAAACCUGAUGGUUAUCUUUAAAAUUGAUGGUUUUCCUCUUGAAAUAUUUGUGCAUGGAAGUACUGCCCUGCUUUUUACCUUGUUGCCAUGUAUGAUUAUUCCUUUGAUUGAAAACUAAUCUAGGAAAUAGAAAUUGCUGCCAGGAAACAUCAUUCACAGUAACUGAAAAGGAAUUAUAUCUGAUUAGAGCAUCUUCUUCAGAAAGGAAAGGAUGGUGGGAGAGUUCUUGUUAUCUUCAGAUUCCUAGCAGAAAAUGAGUUUAUUUCAGAGUAUGCUCUACUUGUAUAUGAUAGUUACUGAACUGUUCAUCAGUUCCUCACUCUUUUCCUCCUUCUUAACGGCUUAUUGUAUUUAAUAGCAGCUUUAAGUGACCAAAAGACUAGAAUCUUUCAGUAUCAGUGCCAAAUGGCAUAGGGAAUUUUGCAGUGACAAUUUUAGUCUCACUAUAAACGCACAUUCUUUUAACCUUAACUUAGAUUUCAAGCAUCAUCUUAAAUUUGCAAACUUUUUUUUUUUUCAGUAUCUUGGUAUAUAAAGAUAGUGAUAUUGGCGUUUUUAUUUAAGCAGACAUUUUAUUAUUGAAUUUUCAGUUUUUGACAGUAGUAACUUUUGGUUAACAUCAAGAUAUUAAAAUUUCUCUGGUUUUAUAAGUUUAGGUAAAUAGAAACAAGUUUAUUUUCUUUCACUUAUAUGUGCUUUGCCUUGUGCAAGGUUUUUAAAGGUGGAUGGUAAAUACUAUUUAGAAAUAUUGGCAAGAUUUUUGUAGUGGAAAUCUGGCAAUGUCCUGCAUAACUAGGUGAGGAAUCUUAAAGGUCAGCCAUGUUCUGGAAAUGAUCUCUCUGAACCUCACUAUUCUAUAAAGUUAUCAAAGUAGCUUAGCUCAGUUGUGUCUUCUCUAUUGGAGACUGAUUUUUUUUUUCCAGAAAUUGAAAGCUGAAAAUUGGACUAGAGCUUUAAAAAAACCUGAAAAUAUUCAAGUUAAAAAUAUUUACAAAAUAUAUUUCUAUUACAAGGUACUAACAAAUGAUGCCCUAUGUGACUUAGAGUUUCUUUGAGGUCAUUUUACUACAAAUCUUCAUUUUUUAAAAAAACCAAAGUAAGAAAAAGGUUAGAUUUUCUAUUUUUCAGAAACAGCUUUCUAUGCCUAAGUUUCCUUUACAAACAAGUUCCUAGUUCAAGUUGUCAAAGUACCCAUCUGGUUUUAGGUUUUAUGUGGGUGUUUUGUUUUCAUUUUAAAAUAAGCCUGCCACCAAAAAAGUAUACACAUACCACUUGUCAAAAUUUGAACUACCGGUUUUUCUCAUGUUCAGUUAUAUUAAAGUAGCGCAGUAAAGCCUAUGAUAUUGUUGCUCAUUGAUAAAGCACACGUGGAGACCAGCAGCAAAACAUAACAAAACUGUACUUUGCUUUUACUUCUGUGCUAGGGAGUCUGCAGGCAACCAUGUUAAAUAUGAAUUGUCUAAGAUCUAAAAAGCUAGGAAAAUAAUUGAGGUAUUGGCGUUUCAAAUUACAGAAACUUAAUCAUUCUAAUUUUUCAAAAUCCCAAUUUUAGAUUGCUCUGUUGUUUGGGUAUUAAUUUGCACCACCAGCGCAGGCAGUGGUGAAUAUCUUUUGGAUAGUCCUAUGCAGUACCUGAUACUGUACUAAUAAAACACCAGUAAUUAAUAGUUUCUCUACUGACUUGAUCAUUUCGGUCCUGUAUAUCUCAAUGUAUUUCUCCAGGCUCCUUAUCCCCACAUACACUAUAUAGAGGGGCAUAAUCCAACCUUUUGUUAGGGUUAUAUCAUGUCCUUAGAAACAUUUUCCAUCCUGUUAUAGCCAUUUGAUAUUUCGUUACUGAUUAUGAAAUCUCAUUCUCUAAACUUGUUAACUUUAUCUCAGUGAGAAGGCAAAAUGAUUGUUUUAGCCUGUGCAAACUGGUACCAAUCCGUGAAUCCAUGGUUGGCAUAUGUUAGAUAAGAAAUGAGAAUGUCUAAGAGACAUAUGCUGCUGUGGAAAUGUAGUGGACAUGUGUACAGAAGCUUUCAAUCUUAACUAGUGUUAGUGUGAUGCUAUACUAUUGGAAAAAUAGCAUUUUUCUAUUUUAUAAGUUGUAUGCAUAAACAUAAGAUUUGUAAUGUUUCAUUUAUAGACCGCCUCUUCAACACAUGCUUACCUGUUAAUAGCCUUUUCUCGAAAUAUGGUAGUAUGUCUUCCAGAAUUUCACACUAGUAAAUAGUUCCUAGCUUGUUGAAAUGUUAAAUUCCUUGUUGGUUUCUUUUGAUUCAGGGCCAUAUAGCAAACCUGAAAGACAUUGUAAUCAUUUCCUACAGGGUGAAAACUUAGAAUGAUUGUGUAUGAGAGCCUAUAUAGUUAUUUUAUUCAUUUAUCAUCUUUGAGUAAGACUUGGGGUGGGGGGGGCUAUUUGAUGGUUUUGGCCCUUUCGAAUUUUCUGGGACCAGAAAUCUAAAGGAAAAAGUUCUGCAUCACAAAAUUGUUGACACUUGGUAUUGCUCUGAAGUUUUCAUUGCUUUAAAACUGUUGGUAAUAGUUGGUGAGAUCUAGCAGAAAGUUCCGUGUUAAGAUAUGUGAUUGAAAAACACUUUAAAAUUUAAGGUGGCUCAAAAUGAAAGCCAGAACUCUUGGCACCAAAAUUCAUUAUUUUGGCUCUCUGGUUUGACUUGCCCUGGCUACCAUUUUCGUAAGCUUCAAAACAUGUUCAUUAAACAGAUCUGUAAUAUAAUUUCAGUGGAAAUCUUAACCUGAAAUUGCUUUAACUUCUGGUCAGCACUGAUUAAAAUGUGAAUGUGAAGUGGCUAUCUUAAACUUUAGUUUAUUUCAGUCCAUGCUAUCAUAGAUUUUUGAGGUAAAAAUGCAAUUCCUUUCUGGUGGUAUCCUACUUGUAUCCAGAAUACUGUAUUCAUUAAAACUUUACUAUGUUCAUUUUUGUAUACCCAUGCUUUUUUUUUUAUCUUAUAUUUUUGCUCAUGCAUGUAUCCUCGGUAUAAAUGUCACUUUUAAAGUUUUGUCUUUGUGACUUUUAGAAAUAAAUUUCAAAAAAUUGUUUUGGAA